GUGUGGCUGAGUGAAGGUCUGAGCUCGUUGUCACUUUUUGGAUCCGUGUCUUCCAGUGAACCCACCUCGAAUCACUUGUUUGGCCUCCUGCCGUCCUCCACACGCUGCGGUGUGUGAGUGGGUGUGCAGGCAUGUAGGUAUGUAUGCGGACAGUAACAGUCAGGUAAAGCAGCAGAGGGUCGGCAGGUAAACCGCAGAGAAAAGGACAAAAAAAACAAAAAAACAAAAACGGGACUAUACCUUCGCCGUGUUUUUGUCACCUUCCCCUGCCGGUUUGUCGGUUUGUCGCUCUCUCUCCCCUCCGCCCUCCAGCCGCUCCUCGUCUGGGGACUUUAGCCGCUCCAGCUGCCCUCACCGCCGGACUCCUCAUCGGUGUUUACCUCCGUGGUGGUGGUGGUGGAAGAAGAAGAAAUGUCGGAGGAAAAGACGGACAUUCCCAACGAACUUUUGGAGAGUGUGCGUGAGGCGGUUGGUCGGAGGGUGAAGCUGACCCUGAGGCGAAAAGUCCAGCUGGAAGUCAAAGGUGACAAGCUGGAGAACAGAGUGCUGGCUUUGGCUUCACAUCGAGCCUAUCUGCUGACAGCACGGGUUCCAUCCAAGGUCGAACACUCCUUCAGCUAUCUGGAUAUCCAUGGAAUCAGCAGCAACAAGCCCACUCAGCUGGUGUUGGAGUAUGAACGGGGGCCGUGGAGCCUCCGGUUGGGCUCGGUGGAGGAAGUGGACGAGGUGAUCGCUCACAUCGGCAGCUGUCUGCACCAGAUCUGCCCCUCCAGCUCUCCUGUGAAGGUGAUGAGGAAGUUGAGUUUGAAGCCUCCAGACAGGACAGCGGUCCUCCAGGCCAAGUGGGACGAACAGGGCUCAGCUGACCUGGGACCCUGCGGCGGUUUCUCACAUCAAUACUGGUGUGUUUGUGAUUACUUGGGUCUGCCAUACAGAGAGGAGGUCCAGUGGGAUGUGGACACCAUCUAUCUCACCCAGGACACCAGAGAGCUCAACCUGCAGGACUUUGUUCACCUGGAGAACAGGGAUUUGGUGGCGAUCAUCGCAGCUUUAGAAUACAACCAGUGGUUCACCAAACUCUCCACCAAAGACUACAAACUGUCAACAGAUGUGUGUGACCAGAUUUUCAAAGUGGUGGCUCGAUCCAACAGACUGGAAGAGCUGGUUUUGGACAAUGCUGGACUCAGAAGUGAUUUUGCCCAGAAACUGGCCAGUGCUCUGUCACAUAAUCCCGCCUCUACACUCCACACACUCAACCUGAGCAACAAUUCACUGGAGGACAAAGGUGUUUCUGCUCUGAGCGCUCAGCUCGCUAAACUGCCCAUGGGUCUAAAGCACCUGAACCUCUCCAGGACCUCCAUGUCUCCCAAAGGUGUAAACAGCCUCUGUCAGGCUCUCUGUGCAAACCCAGUCGUGGCCUCCACCCUCACACAUCUGGAUCUGUCAGGAAACUCACUCAGAGGCGAUGACCUUCAGAAUCUUCACAGCUUCCUGAGUCACUCCAACUGCCUGGAAACUCUGGAUCUGUCGAACAGCGACUGCUCUCUGGAGCUGGUGUGUGCGUCGCUGCUCAGAGGAUCUUUGAAGCAUCUGUCUGUCCUCAACAUGUCAAAAACAGUCUUCUCUCACAGGAAGUGCAAAGAAAUCCCGCCAUCCUUCAAGCAGUUCUUCAGCUGUGCUCAGGCUUUGACUUCUGUCAGUCUGUCAGGAACCAGGCUGCCUCUGGAGGCUCUGAAGUCGCUGCUGCUGGGACUCGGCUGCAACCCAAACCUCAGCGACGUGUCUCUGGAUCUCAGCUGCUGUGAGCUGCGCUCAGGAGGCUCCCAGAUCCUGGAAGGUUGUAUCGCCGAGAUCCCCAACAUUUCCAGUCUGGACAUUUCUGACAACAGUUUGGAUAUGGAUCUGACCACACUGCUCGUCUGGCUGGCCAAGAACCGCUCCAUCAGACACCUUUCACUGGGCAAGAAUUUCAACAAUAUCAAAUCUAAAAAUGUGGCUCAGGUCCUCGACAACCUGGUUCAUAUGAUUCAAGAAGAGGAGUCGCCGCUGACGUCGCUGUCCCUGGCGGAUUCCAAGCUGAAGGCCGACCUCUCCAUCGUCCUCAACGCUCUGGGCAGCAACACCUCUCUGACCAAACUGGACAUCAGUGGCAACUCCAUGGGAGACAUGGGAGCCAAGAUGCUGGCCAAAGCCCUGCAGAUCAACACCAAGCUCAGGACGUUAGUGUGGGACAGAAACAACGCCAGUCCUCAGGGUCUGCAAGAUGUAGCUGCUGCUUUGGAGAAGAACUACACCAUUCGUUUCAUGCCUGUUCCCAUCAUGGAUGCUGCUCAGGCGCUGAAGGCGAAUCCAGAGAAGACAGAAGACGCCUUACUGAAGAUGGAGCAGUAUCUGCUGAGGAACCACGAGACUCGGAAAUACCUCCAGGAGCAGGCGUACAGGCUGCAGCAGGGAAUAGUCACGACCACCACACAGCAGAUGAUGGACAUGAUGUGUGUGAGGGUCCAGGACCACCUGAACUCUCUGAGGUUCACAGAGACCAACUCUGUUCAGGAAGACAUGAAGGUGGCUGAGAACCUCAUGAAGGAUGCCAGGAACUCAAAAACACUGCUCCCCAAUCUGUACCAUCUGAGGAGUGGGGGGUCCAGAGGAGCUUGUGUUGGAGCCAUUCAGGAUAAACUGGAGUCGAUGGCAGGAGAGGUGGCGAGAGUGAUGGACGAACAGCUGCAGACGAUGCUGGCGUCCAUGGUGGACGCUGCUGAAGGCCUCUGUCCUCACGUGAUGAAGAGGAGCAGCCUUCAUCAGGAGCUGCUGAAGGCCGGUGCAGGGAGGAUGACUAUACCUCGCAGCUUCAUCACCACCACGCUGCUGGAGCAGUCCGGGGUCGACAUCAUCAACAAGAUCAGCGAAGUAAAACUCAGCAUUGCGUCGUUUCUGUCUGAUCGCAUCGCUGAUGAGAUCCUGGAGUCUCUUUCCAGGUCACAACAUACUCUGGCCGAUCACCUAAUCAGGAAGGACCAACCUCUGUUGCGUCAGGAGCCCCAGAUGGAGACGGAGGUCCUGGAUGAGACAGUUUUGCAGCCGGAGAACCACAACCAGGAUCAGAAACAGGACCGGAAACACAGCCUGGAGGAUAUGGACUCCUGCACGAUGACUCCUAAAUCCAAGAGGAAGAGCAUUCUGGUCAGGAUGUUGCGACCCGUCUCUGUAGCCUUCGAGAUGGAAUUUGACCUGGACAAAGCUCUGGAAGAGGUUCCUAUCCAUGUCGAGGACCCUCCUCUUCCUCCUCCUCCUGCUUCUUCACAGCCAUUGGAAAGAUUGUCGCACUAUGGAGACAUCCCACCACCACCUCCUCCACAGGACACAAAGCCCAUCUGUUUGGGUGAGCUGCCACCUGUGGAGCACAAGACGCUGGAACAUCGCACCAAACUUCGCCCAAAACCCAAGAAGAGGACAAAACCCAGCCGAUCACCUCGGGCAGCUACUGGAAGCUCUGCUUCACAGGAAAUGGACCAGAACAGCGUAAUGGGGAAGCUGGAUGAGGGCCUGGAGGACUUCUUCUGCAAGAAAGUCAUUAAACUCAGCUUCAAACUUCCCUCUGUGAAAGGUCCAUCUUCCAACACUCAGGAAGCAACGGAUAAAAAACGUGAAUCCAGGAAGAGCGGCUUCUUCAACCUCAUCAAAUCCCGAACGUCACGGUCGGAGAAGAGCCACGGAGCUGCCUCCAUCUCCCCACCUCAGCCUUCUUCAUCCACCACCACUGCAGCCUCAUUACCUGAGGAGACUUCACCCACAUCCCCGACACCACCUGUUAAAACCCCUGCAACUGUGGCCGAGCCUCAUCCGGAGCUCCAUAAGGCUCCAUCCUCGAACCACACAGAUUCUGGGACUGAGGUGUCUCCGACCGCCGCUGAACCUGCUGAGGAGGAGAAAGAGGAGGAGGUGGAGAGUAGGGAGAACCUGGAGAAGACAGAGAACCCAGAGAAGAAAGAGAACCCACACAUACCCCGUCACAUUGGGGUUCCUGUGAUGGGAAUGGAUCUGAUGGCUGAGAUGAAAGCCAGACAGGAGAGAAUGGCUGGAAAGAAGCAUGAAUCAUCAUCAUUACUGGACAAGGUGGACGGAGACAAAGCCAAGUCAGAUGUCCACCCUGCCGUCCCAGCAGACACUGAGGAGUCCAGACCAGAACCGACUCCCAGGUCCAAACCACCAAGCGUCACACCCAAACCACCACCACCACAAGUAGCUUCCCGCACCUCUGGACCCCUUAGUCCAACUAGUCCUAGGCCAAGCAGCACCUACAUCACAGAUGACUCCACCGAGGCUCAGGCAGGCGGCUCUUCCCCCAAAGGACCACUUCCUGCUCCUCGCCUGAAGAGGGCGCCAUCAGAGCAAGAGCGAGAGAGCACUAGUGACCCUUCAGGACCUCUGUCUCCUCUGGAAGCUGAGUUUCCUGCAGAUGGAGAUGCGUUUGAGCCUCCCACUGCAGCAGGUACUGAGGCCGGCAGCAGACAGUGGUCAUCCCUGAAAGGUUCAUCCAGUCCUCCUGCUGCCAAGGAGGAUGAACGAGAGCGAGCAAAGUCCCUCCCAGCAUACGUGAGGCCUCCAUCUGUGGCAGAUGUCAGUACAGCAGAGGAGGAGAUCCCAACUUCAACCACUGAUCUGAAGUUUGACAACAAAUCAGAAGAUGGUUCCAGUGAUGACGUUCCCUCAGUUUGAUACUGGGAGGAUGUUCUCAGUCUCCUUAAAUCCUGCUCGGCGGUCCUUUCGACAUCCGAUGAACUUUUAAGGAGGUCAAUCACAACCAUACAGAGCACACCAGCGAUGAUUUCUUUUUUUUUUUUUUUCCCCAGACAACACUUUGGCACAGAGGACACCAUCAGGUAUUUUUCAUGCUGUUAUCGGUGGAGUUUCCUCCUCUUGGAUCAGUCCCAGCUGUCCGGCCAAAUGGACGUCAAAACAGCUCCAUUACUGUCAACAGUUCAAGUAGGACCAUAAAGAGCAGAGCAGAUGGGUUUUAUCUGUAGUUGCUCAGAUAAACAGGUCCAGCUGUAAAAAGCUCUCUUAGUCCAAAGCACUUAGCAGAACGAGUCUCACUUGGGGUUUUUUUUUCUUGUUUUUUUUAAUUACUAUAAGCAGGUCCAGAUUGUAGCUGAUUGGUUUUCUGUCUGUUCUGCAGGGGAACUAUAGCUGAUACUCCAGUGAGCUCUACCAGCAGGAAGUCUGGAAAUACAAGGUCUUUUUCCUAUCCUGCAAAAAAAAAUCAUGCGUCAUCUUCAAACAGACAGACUGGAAAAUGCCAAAAUUAGAAGCAGCGACAAGUAACACUUGCUGUAUCACAAUGCUAGCUAACAAUGCUAACCUGAUGAGCUGAAAGUUUCCAAAGGUUUUGUUUCAUUUCAAGGCAACAUAAUGAUUUUCCCUCCAGCUUUCAAUAGAAAUGGCAAUAUUUUAAAGUUUUCCAAAACAUAAUUAAAUAUUCUGUUAGUGAUAUCAAGGCUUUGCAUGGUUAGAAAUAAUUUCAAAUGAACUCUGACGACUAGCUUCUCAGCAAAGUGCUGAACUUUGGCUCUAUUACACUGUAAAAAAAAAAAAAAAAUCUUUUUUUUUUCUUGAUUCAAAUAUGCCUGUGGGUUGAGAUUAUUCCUCACAUUCCUGUUUCAGUUUAGCUUUAUUUAGGAAUUUUGCAGACAUCUGUGUCUUCAAAUAAGAGAGAAUUGGAUAAGAAAAAAGUUGCCAAAAUGAAAUGUUUACAUAUAAAUAAAUGUCUAUUACAUUCAAGCCAAAAUAUUAUACACAGUGCUGGUAAUUUUUCAUAUUUCACAGUAUGCCUGUGAUUUAAAUGUGGUGUUUUUGACGACAUUCCUGCACUGGUGCACCAGUAGCAAUGUGUUUUGUGUUCACCGCCGAUGUUUGGUUUGCCGGAGCUGAUGGAGAUGGUGGAGCUACAGCGACUAGGGAUAUGAUGGAGGAAGAACCAAGGCAGCAUCCAAGAGGAGCUUGAGAUGCUCCAGAUGAAACAGAAUUUUCAGAGGAAGGAUGACAGUUUGAAAAAAGAAAGAUCAAUGAAUCCCUGACUGUAGGUCUAAAUCUAUGAACUCUGCUGGAAAACUACAUCUGCGUUCCAAAUCACAUAUUUCUGUGUUUUAACUGCCCUCACAAAGUCUACAGUUUCAUGCAGUAUGCAACCAAUGGAAAAAAAUACUACUUUGUCAUAAUAAUGCACCUUUAAACUUUCAUGGUCUGUAUGAAAUGAGUCAUCAUCUGUUUGCACACCAUCAGUGGCUGUAGUUUGUUUAUAUGCGAAUUAUGUGACAAAACUGCGCAAAGGAUUGUGGGUCAGAAUGGACAGAAAAGCAUGCAUGGGACAUUUGGGUAUUUUUACAUGCUAUUUUUGACAUAUUAAAUCUGUUUCUAGCAUACUGUAUGCUAGGUUAAUAUGGAUAUUGGAAAGCAGCCCAUUAACUGUGUUUGAUUUGAACCAGUGUGAAAUAAUUUUACUCAUUCAGAGUUUUUCCACAAAUUUAAAGACAACUGUCCGUAGUUGGAACUGCAGAGAAAAUUUGUGGUGGUUACUGUAAAAACUGUUUCUGGUGAGAUGAACCAGUGUUCUGAAAAAUGGCUAAUCUGUCAGUUAUUUUGAAGAUUAAUUGAUUAGUUCUUCAGCCAGAUAUCUGAAAUUGGUGAGGAAUGUCAAUCGGUACACAAGAUGAAAUCGCCAAAUGGCUUGAUUUGGCCACAAUCCAAAGAUAAUCAAUUUACAGUCGUAGAUGAAGAAAGAAACUAGAAAAUAUUCACAUUUAAGAAGCUGGAAUCAGAGGAAUUUUUUUACUUUUUUGGUUUAAAAAAUGACUCAAAUCGAUUAAAUAUCAUGAUAGCUGAUGAUUAAUUUAAUAGCUAAUCAGUUAAUCUCUACAGCUCUAGCAAGUACCAUUUAGCAUCAUUCAAUAUGUGACUAAAAGCUCUAAUUUUCCUGAAAGAUCUCACAAAUCCAACUCGAUGGCUUAUAGUUAAAUAACACAGACACCUCAUUUCUUAUCUUAGAAUGUCCUCAACAUUAGGAUCUUUGGCAUCGCUGCUGUGUUCAUCCUACAUCAUGUGAACAAGAUGCUCUUCUGGGGACACCUGGACAUGUCAAACCCUGUAUUUAAAAUAUAAAAUAUAAUGUUUAUGGGGUCAGAUUUUCCCUACAAAUCAGCUUUCAGCCCUCACAGCAACUUGCUUCCUCAUAUUCUGAUUUUUGUUCACGUUGUACUGCUGCACUUACUGAUGUAUCCAUGUAAAUAUGUACUAACACCUGCUCCAGGCUGGGUUUAUAGAAUAAAUGGGGUUUCUAUCAGAGGUAACUAUGUGGGUUUAUAUUGUAUUAUGAGCAGAAAAGUCAGAUUUUUCAUUCAUGUUAAACGGUGGUGGGUUUUCAUUUUACGGGGAGAGUAUUUUUGUCACUUUUAUUUAAAAAAAAGUUUUUUUUUAUUCACGUAAAUAAUGUGUUUUAUUCUUUAUAUGGCUGCCUAAGAAUGUGACAUGAAGCUGUCAAAUAUUUCUGUGUUUGUGUGUUUAUACCAAUAAAUCCUGUUUUACUGGU